AAGCUUGACUUCGGUGCAGUAAGUCCGCUGAAGAGAAAUCUUUUUCGCCCACCCAAAUCCGGUAUUGCUUCUUUGUCGGCCGCUCGAAGACAUCUGUUCUUCACCGAUGUUUCCAAUCACGAAAGUCCCGAUAAUGGAAAUGGACCUAAAAUAAUGAAAGCUGGAUCGGUCAAACUUCCAAGUUAUGUUUUAACAACAGAGGAAUCCAGAGGAGAGCCCAGCACAGAUGAACUGGUCGUGUGUGGGGAGAAAGUGUUACCGGACAAAUGUAAACUUCGUGAAGAAUCGGAAGUAAACAGGGCCAGUGGAUCGAACGAAAAUUCCUCGACAUCUACCUCUCUUUCAGAAUCAUUCGAAGAUCUUACCGAAGAGGUUACAGCCGAAGAGACUGGCGCUAGACGGAAAACAUGCAUCAAGAAACUUCCGGGUGAACAUGAGCAAAAAGCACUUUUUAGCGAACCAAAAGAACCAGAAGCAUUGCGCCACAAUUUUCCAGUGCCUUCCUUUGUGGAAUCAUCGGAAGGUAUUUAA